CUCCAAAACAUACCGAAAUUCUUAUUUCAAGCUGAAAUUCUCGAAAACCUUUUGAAUAAAGUCAAUAAAACGUAGAAUAAACAACACGCGGUGUCGUUAUUUCGGAGCAUCGUUGAGCUCCAAAAAAUGUCAAAAGACGAUCCGAUCAACUCCAUCUUCUUCGAGCACCAGGAAGCUGCUCUUUGUGCUCAACACGCGCUGAAUAUGCUCCUACAAGAUGCUCUGUACAAGUGGCAAGAUCUCCGAGACUUGGCCAUUCAGAUGGAUAAAAUGGAACAACAAAUUCUGGGAAAUGCAAACCCAACUCCGGGACGAAGUGAGAACAUGAACGAAAGCGGCUACUUUUCAAUUCAAGUUUUGGAGAAAGCACUUGAAACAUUUAGCCUCAAGCUCACAAAUAUCGAAAAUCCUGCGAUGGUGGACUAUAAAAAUAAUCCCUUAACCGCCCGUGCUUACAUAUGCAACCUCAGAGAGCACUGGUUUGUGCUCCGAAAAUUCGGAAAUCAAUGGUUCGAGCUGAAUUCGGUGAACCGUGGGCCCAAAUUGCUCUCUGACACUUAUGUUAGCAUGUUCUUGCAUCAAGUGUCGUCGGAAGGUUAUUCAAUCUUCGUGGUGCAGGGAGUUUUGCCAAGAUCCGAUGCAGACGAUCUCAUCUCGCUAUGCCCAGUUGUACCGCCAAAAGUUACACCGAAAAAGGAGCAGAAGCUGGAGAAAGUCAUGACAAAAUUCUUCAAUACCGUCGGAAAACGACUUGGCGGUGGAAGCGGUGCUCCUCCGGAUUCUCAAGAAGAAAAAGAUUUGGCGAUAGCUUUUGCAAUGUCUAUGGAAACAAAGGAUGGCUCUGAAGUGUCUCGAAGUUCCGCUGAAAUCGAUGAAGAAAAUCUCAGAAAGGCGAUUGAGCUGAGCCAGGCUCCAGGACCAUCAGAACCGGCUGAGAUACCGCUAUUGACUCGUUCUCGAUCUUCGACGCCGCCAGGAGCUUCAGAACCUUUUUCAAAUGCCGAACAACAGCGCAGAGAUCGACAAAAGUUUUUGGAGCGAUUCGAAAAGAAGAAAGAAGAGAGGAACGAUGAAAAAUAACGAUUUAAUCGUAAAUUUAUUAUUUGAAUUCUAUUAUGUGAAUAUAUUCUCGGCUUUUCCUGUAUAAUUCGAUUAUUCAUUUCUCCCGAUACUUGUAUCCCCAAAUACUUGGUGCUUAUGUAUGAACCGCUUUCAGACUAUGUGAUAUAUUAUUUAGAAUUAGAUGAAAUCUCCUUUUUUUCUG